AAAGCCAACUGGUCAACAACAAGAUGGUCAACAACCACCAAGCAAACAACCGACCGAGCAAACCGAGCAAGUCACAACUCAAACAACAGGCCAGAGUACUAGAACACUCACUCUUCAAACCAUCCCAACCAAUCCAACUCAAACAAUUCAUCCAACAACUCAAACAACAACAACAACAGCAGCAGCAGCAGCAGCAACAGAAUCACUUCAACUCAAACCAGCAACUCAAACUAGCUUGCACCCUCAACGACCUCACCCUACCACUAGAACCGAUCUACAAGGACUCAAACCUUCUCUCAGAACUCAGGGACCAUCAACACGAACUAGCAACACCACAUGGAUCACUACACGCCUUACACAUAUCAGAAUCCCAUGAGAACAACAGCAUCAACUCACUGGCAGCAGCCAUCGAUCAAGCACUGCUCCCUCCCGCUGCGAAAAAGGCGCGUCUGCUCGACCGAUCCGCAGAUAUCCCAGUCGAAAUACAACAACCAGAAACAGCCCAGCAGCAGAGCAACCAACGAACAACCCCAAUCCCAGAUUACCUCGACCCUAGCCUAUUCUCGAGCUCAUCCUCAUCCGAUCAUGCAUCCUCAACCAGCGCGAGACAGCUCGCACUCUACGAAAACAGCCAGAAACCUAAGAGGGUCCGCAAGAAAGCCGCCGGCCCACCUCAAUCGAUCAACCAUAAACCUAAACCAAUUCAGGAUCUCAUCAAUCGACUCUCCUCUACCGGACUCAAGACUCUUCAGCCCCAUUUCGAUGGGAUGUGGUACGUCCGUUCGGUCGGUCGUUCGGAUUGGAAUACGUCCACUCAACCCAUGCACUCCAAUCUACCCCAUCCUGCACCCCAGCCGAACGACCCACAACCGCUAAUCAUCACCAUCACCUUCCACCCAUUCUCAAAGACGAGCACGACCCAGGAGAGUUCAGAGACCAAGUCGAUCGCCCCUCGUAAACAGACCAUCCACAUCCUCUCCUCCCAGAAACUCUCGGACCUCAGGGACGUCGUCAUCUGCUCGGCCAACCAGAUCCCCAUCUGCUCCGCCGAUGGCUCCCAUUGGGAUGAUCACCGCUGGAUCUCCGGAUCCGCGUUCGUCAUCGAAAACGUACUCUUCUCUGACACUAGACCGCUCUCUCCUCCAGAAGAGCUGGCCUCUGGGAAGUCAGAUUAUGGAGUAUUGCUUCAAGAGUUAUUGCCGAAUCUGAUCGAGAAAGAGAAAAUAGAUAAUCUGGUUACGUUAGAGAAUCAUCUUCUCGGGGGAAACGAGAGAGAAAAAGAAGAAGGGAUACAAGAGAUCGAAGGGUUAGAAGGGUUGAAUGGCCCCCGAUUACCCAAGAAAAACCCGGCUUCCAAGAUCAAGAUCUCGAGUUUAUCGAUGGAAUGUGUCCGGUUCGACCAGCUCACUUUGAGGAUCAAUGAGCCGUAUUGGAUGAUUCAUCAGGGGAACUGCGAACAUAUAUUUACGGUUGAUGAGAUCAGAGCGAUCCAUCCGACCGACCCAGCCCCGACGCCGACGCCGGCCGGCCAAUCGAGCACGACGAAGCUUCCGACGACACGCGGGGAGAAUCAAGGGGAGAGUUCGACGAGUGGAGGAGUGAAUUGUAGCAGCAGCAGUAGUAGUGGAGGAGGAGGAGGAGUGGGAGGAUGGACGACGGUGUAUCCGAUCACCAGUUUUCUCUCGCGGAUCAGCUCGCCCAAGUGUCGAGUCUGCGAUCGAGACCCGGCCCGACUGGUGACGAUCGAUGACGAACUGUGUGCGGAAUCGCCGUGUUUUAUCUGCUUGACUUGCUUCAAAUUCUUGCACUCCCACGAAGAGAUCUUCGAGUCUCAGCCGGCCAACAACGAGAUGCUGGGGCUUAAUCCUCUGGGCAGUCAGGACCACCAUCUCCCUUCUUCGAUCCCCGUCGAUUCUAGCUCUACCGCUGCUCUCAAUCCACCCGAUCAUUCUAAGAUUCGCUGGGGUAAGGUUCCUGGUAGGUCUUGGUGGGUCGUCCCCCUCCUGGGCUCCACUUGACCCCCUUCCUACUCUUAUCAUCCUCUCUCUUCCACCGCCACCCCCGCUUUCUCUCUUUGAAUAUAUACAAAUAAAUAAAUCAGUCGCCAGUUAGAGAUUAAACAUGAAGAAGAAACACAUUGUUGAUGAUGUCCUUCUCAGCCUGCCCCA